AUGGAAGCGUCACCGCUGACCCGGCAGGCUCCGCCCGAGGUCUUCAAGCCCAAGAUCGUACAGCUGUACGAGUCGCUAUUCAAGGACGCCGAAGAUGACGCAGAACGUUCCGAGGGCUUCUGGCGCGAGUUCUUCCUCCUGCGUCCUGACCGCGCCGCCCUGAAGCGGAUCCUCGAUGGCCUCGGUCCGGCGGACAUGCUUGCGUUGGAGGAGCAUACGCGGGAGCUGUUUGCGCGCGCUGUAGCCGCCAUGAAGAGUGGGCAGGGCGUCGCAGAUUUGCAUGCGCUUGACACUCUUAGUGUGUUUCUCUGCGCGGCGCUGUCCAAAAAGUAUGCGCAUCCUAGCUCGGAUAUUAUCAGCGUUUUGGCCGGCAUCGAUUUUGUCGAUACCAUCUUUACCGACUUUGUGGGAGCAGUAGACCAAAUUAUAAGGAGUGGGAAGAAUUUGGAAUUGCGACAAAAGGCUGUCGAGGUUGUCCUGGCUAUGACGGCCGGCGCAUACCAAACGAGUCUCUUAACAUACUUUAUCCAGAGGGAUCUUUUCCCUUCAGUGAUGAAGUUCAUUCAAGAUACCGACAUGACAGAGCGCAUCCUCAACCCCUUUUCCCUCCUAGGCCUCUUGGCCAACUACAACAAAUUCGAGUUCCAGAACCCAUACCAGAUGCGGCUGAAUGACUUUGUCAAUGAAGCAACAAUCAAGAAAAUCAUCCGGUGUAUCGGCCAAACAUGCGAGAGCUUGACCACCCAAUUCGUGGAUGUGCAAGACGACCUUCCCGAGGGAUGGACAUUCAACGGCACGCUGCGUAUGAUUGGCCUGGGCGCGGUUGCGAGGGGUCCCAAGCCGGAAAAGAAGCCCGUAUACGAUGCCGAGACCAUGAAGCAGAUGUUUACGAAGCUACCCGGCGAGGAAGCGGCCGUCUUACUAGCAACCUACGACUUUACUCACGCCAACAAGCUCUUCUGCUUCAAUCUGGCCACCUUGCCUGCCGAAAAGGGCGAAGAACAGCCAUUAGCGACCUUCACAUCUCUCACCUCCUACCUUCUCCAGCACGCCCAUCUCUCCGAACGCACUACACACUACUCCCAUCUCAACCUAAUGGUUUUCCGCUUAUUAAUCGAGGACCCUGUGCUCUGCAAACGGAUAUGCAGCGAAGAGUCCAAGGGGCAGGUCCGUCUGUGUCGCCAAAGGCAACCAUUCCUCCCGCUGGUCAGAGGGGAGCGGAUCUUGGCGACGGCCGUGCUGGAUACGAUGAUUGACGGCAUCACACAUAACCUCCGGAGAAGGCUGGAUGUAGGAUUGUAUACACUCUGCGUCGGGAUCCUGCUGCGGGUCAUAUCCUACCUCUCGCGGUCACGAACACGGCUGACGUAUCACUGGGCGGAUCUCUUCCGUGCGCUGUUGAACCUCAUCCGGUUCCUGACGCAGUACGUCGCGGACCUGAAGGAUCUCUCGCAGAUCGACCUGCUACUAGACAACGUCGUCAACCUCGUCGCACUUUCGCUGUCCGCCGGCGAAGGAUUCCUGCCUUCGCCAGCGGCGUAUGACGAUUUGUUUUACAAGGUGGUUGAGGCGGGCGACACGCUCAUCAAGUUCAAGGAGAGCUAUCAGCUCGGCAAGCGGCCGAGCAACUCGAUUGACACGCUCAUCAGCGUGAGCACGCACUACAAGGAGCUGCUGGCGGAGGGCGGCAAGAAGAAGGGGAACCUCACGAGCAUGCAGGUGACGGAAGUUAUCAAGCAGGGGUACGAGACGCUGAGUAUACAAGCCAAGGAGGGGCUUGAUACGUGGGACCGGUACCGGGAGGCGGACGAGAGGACCUUGUUGAAGAAGAUGGCACGGGCAGCUGUUGCGGAUGUGAGAGGGUUGGUGGAACGGUGA